AUGGAUGGUCGUCAUAAAUCUGGUGACACUGCCGCUAGUGUCAUGCAUGAUCGGGGUAAGCCGCCUAACUUGCCUAAGGAUAUUUCCGAUAAAUCGUUGAACUUAGAUGGAGCUGAUUACUUGAAUGAGUCUGUGGUGGAGGAGAUGUCUACACCUGGUACAGCACCAAUUCGUGGGAUCGGAUUACGUGUAACUAAUAUUGAAGGUAACCCGCUGCUUCCGAGAAGAGGUAUGUAUUCUACGACGAAUACUUCGAUAUUGGAUGGUUUAAUGAGUAUUUCAACACCGGUGGACAACUUGUUCGCUGCUGGAGAGUCGACGUCGAUGGCUAAUAAGGGUGAUAAGGCUGGUAAGGGGAUAGAGUCUAUGCAGGGUUCGGGUUCUAAUCAGAAUGGUGGGGAAAAGGGUGCGAAUAUGAUGUCUUAUGCUGAUUCGGUUUUGGCGUCCAAGUCAAGGAAAAUUAAUUUUAGAAAUCUAGCCAGCCCAGUUAUGCAUGAGGGAUGUGACGUUGUUCUUCCUCGGGAAUCUGUUCGUGCAGUGCAGCAUAAGUUAGCUAACACUUUAUAUGGUUAUUUCUUGGGUGACCGAGUGGCGUUCCCGGUUGUGGAGUAUUUUGUUCGUAAUAACUGGAAGAAAUUUGGGUUACAAAAAACCAUGAUGAAUGCGAAUGGCUUUUUCUUUUUUCAGUUCUCCAACGAAACUGGCAUGUUGGAUGCGUUGAAAGGAGGCCCGUGGAUCAUCCGGUCUCAAUCGUUGUUUCUUUGUGAAUGGAGUUCGACUGUUAAGUUGGAGAAAAAGGAGGUUAAAAAUGUUCAGGUAUGGGUUAAAAUUCAUGACAUCCCAAUUGCGGCGUAUACAGAAGAUGGGCUGAGUAUGAUUGCCACAACAAUUGGUGAACCGAAACUUCUGGAUUCGUAUACUACUUCCAUGUGUAUGGACAUGUGGGGCCGAAGUAGUUAUGCUAGAGCUUUAAUCGAGGUGUCUGCUGAUAAUGAGUUACGAGAGGAAAUCACUUUGGCCAUUCCUGAACUCGAGGGGGAGGGUGUUCUAAAUGCUGUGUUUUUGGCCACUCGAUUGAAAAUUGUCCUCAAACCCCUAAAAAACCUGCCAAUGUUAAGAAGCCUACUAAUGUUAAGAGGGGGGGGGGGGCAGAACGAUAAGGGUCAAGUGCAUGAGAAUCGCUAUGCUAAGAAGUAUCCGGUUGUUGAUGAAGAUGGGUAUCAAGGGGUUCCAACUAGGAAAGUUGCUCGCAAACAGGGUUUCCAAGUUAAUAAACAAAAACAGAAAUUUGAAUAUAGACCGGUGACUGCAAAACCGAAUGGGGAGGUGAAAAAGGAUACUUAUUCGAGAGCUACGGAUGUAAGGUCGAGUAAUCCGUUUGAUGUUCUUAACGAAGUGGAAGAUGUUGCAGGAACUAGUGGCACAAAGCCGGGGGUAAACAAUGAUGAGUCCGAUGAAGAUGAGGUGAUUGAGAAUGAUGCUGAUAUGGACGGGUUUUUAAAGGAGGAAUCUCAUGUGGAUGUGGGUAAUUUGGGUAAGGUGUGCAAGUCAGUUUUUCGUUCGUGGGAGUGGACUUCUAACGGUGGUUGUUGUGACAAAGGCACGAGAAUUAUUAUUGGAUGGAACCCGGAUGUUUUUGAUGUCAUGAUUUUGUCUCAAUCUCCUCAGGUUAUGCAUCUUCAGCUUGUGUUUAAAUUGGAUAAAAGAAUGAUUUUUUGUUCUAUUAUCUAUGCUGCUAAUUAUUAUGUUGCCCGUAGAGAGUUGUGGCAUAAUCUCUCAGUGCAUAAAGCCUUUGUCAAUGAUAAACCUUGGUGCAUUAUGGGUGAUUUCAACUCGGCUCUUAACAUUGAAGACAACUCUAUGGGAACGUCAUCGAUUUCUAUUGGUAUGAGAGAUUUUCAGGAAUGUGUGGAUAAUAUUGAGGUUGUUGAUAUCAACCGAAUGGGGAUCCAUUUUACAUGGACUCAAAAACCAAAGAAUGGGGUAGGUUUACUAAAGAAGCUUGAUCGAGUGAUGGGUAAUACAGCGUUUAUAGCGGAUUUCCCUAAUUCAGUUGCCAUGUUUAAGCCGUAUAGGUUAUCGGAUCACUGCCCGUGCAUUCUAUCCUUCCCGGAUGCUGGUAUGUUGAAGCCUAGGUCGUUCAAGUUUGCUAAUUUUCUGGUUUUUAAACCUGAGUUUUCAGAUAUUGUUAAAGAUAAAUGGGAGACGUCUGUGAAUGGUGUACAUCAAUUUAGGGUGGUAAAAAAACCCCGGCUUCUGAAAAACCCGUUGCGCUCCUUGCUUUUCAAGCAAGGCAAUCUGCAUAAAAAAGUUGAAAAGCUGCGUGUGGAGCUGGAUUCUAUUCAGCUUCUUAUUGAUCGGGAUCCAACGAAUGCGGAGUUACGAGUCUCUGAGAGUUCGAUCAGUAGUCAGCUUCAAGAGGCUUCGUUAGAUGAGGAACGAUUUCUGAAACAAAAGUCAAAAGUUGAUUGGUUGAGUGCGGGGGAUAUGAACUCGACAUUUUUUCAUUCAUCGCUGAAGGUUAGAAAUCAUGUUAGUCGGAUUGAGGGGAUCAAAGAUGCGGCUGGCAAUCUGUUUGAAGGAGAGAACGUUUUUCAACCAUUUGUUCAGCACUACGAGAAAUUUUUUGGAUCUCAAGGCGAUAUUUCUCUUACUCCGGCUCCGGAUUUAUUCUCCAAAGUCCUUGAUCCUCAGGUUGCUAUUCAUAUGAUUCGACAAGUUACGGCGGAAGAGGUGAAAAAGGCCAUAUUUUCUAUUGGUAUCGAUAAAGCGCCUGGUCCUGAUGGGUAUACAGCAGCAUUUUUUAAAAGUGCCUGGCCUAUUGUUGGAAACCUUCUUCGGGAAUUGAAUCACACGAAUAUUGUGCUCAUUCCGAAAAUUCCUACUCCGUCAGCUGUUACUGACUACCGUCCAAUUGCGUGCUGUAAUGUGUUAUACAAAUGUAUCAGUAAAAUUGUGGCGGACAGAAUAAAAGUUGCUCUAAAUGACAUCGUUAGCAUUAAUCAAUCAGCAUUUGUGCCAGGACGAAGAAUAUCGGAUAAUAUUAUGCUGACUCAAGAAUUAAUGCAUAAUUACCAUAGACAUUCGGGCCCUCCAAGGUGUGCUUUUAAGGUUGACAUCCAGAAAGCUUAUGACACGGUUGACUGGGGUUUUCUAAAAAAUGCUUUGCUUGGUUUUGGGUUUCAUCGGAAGAUGGUUGAUUGGAUAAUGGUGUGUGUCUCGACGGUCUCUUUUUCUAUAUGUGUCAAUGGGACAGUUCAUGGCUUCUUUAAGGGCAAACGAGGGCUACGGCAAGGGGACCCAAUUUCUCCUUACCUCUUCACUUUGGUUAUGGAGGUUCUAACUUCCAUUCUGCAUCAUGCUGUUCGUAUCGAUUCUUCUUUUAGAUUUCAUAAUAAAUGCGAAAAACAGCAGAUUAUCAAUCUUUGUUUUGCCGAUGAUUUGUUUCUGUUUGCUAGAGGUGAAGUCAACUCGGCUCGGUGUAUUAUGACAUCCCUCGCGAAGUUCACUAAGAUGUCGGGGCUAGUGCCUAGUAAUCAAAAAAGCACCAUUUUCUUUUGUAAUGUUACCAACCAUGUAAAAGAUUCUAUUCUGGAGCUCAUGCCUUUUGUGGAAGGAAAACUGCCGGUCAGAUAUUUAGGGGUCCCCUUGAUCUCUUCUAGGCUUGGUUAUAAUGAUUGUCGAGUGCUUGUGGAAAGAUUAGAGAAACGUAUAACACAUUGGAGGAACAAAUUACUCUCUUUUGCGGGUCGGCUUCAGCUUAUUGUUUCGGUUCUAUCUUCCAUGCACAUCUAUUGGUCUUCUGUGUUUAUGUUACCGGCUAGGAUCAUUAAUGAGCUUGAAGCUUGUAUGCGUAACUUCUUAUGGUCCCAAGAGAGCUCGUAUUCUAAAGGCAAAGCUAAGGUUUCUUGGAAGGCUGUUUGCACGCCAAAAUAUGAAGGAGGUUUGGGCAUUAGACGCAUUGGGGAUAUGAACAAGGCUCUUAUGUCUAAUCACAUUUGGAGCAUUAUUUCGAAACGGGAGUCUCUAUGGGUUGAAUGGGUGUAUAGCUACCGUCUUAAAGGCAAAAGUUUCUGGGUGUGUAAAACCCCUUCAAAUUGCUGUUGGUCUUGGAGAAAAUUGGCUCAGCUGAGGCCGCUCAUCAGAAAUCAUAUAUGGUCGGAGGUGGGAAAUGGUAUUAAAACUUCUGCUUGGUUCGACUAUUGGUGUGAUAUAGGUCCGCUCGGUAACUUUAUUUCGCCGAGAAACAUUUCGGAUGCUGAUUUCAUGAUGGACGAUACUGUGGCUAACAUUUAUUCGAAUGGUUCUUGGUCUUGGCCUAUGGCAUGGAGAGGUUUAUUUCCGGUUCUUAUCCAAUUGGAUCAACUUCAUUUGGAUCCGUCAAAACCUGAUAGAUUGCUAUGGAGAGAUGGCACCGAUAAAUCUGAGUUUUCUUCUUCGGGUGUUUGGCAUUCAAUUCGGCACAAAGAUCCAGAAGUUAAUUGGUGCAACAUUGUUUGGUUCUCGCAAUGUAUUCCCAGGCAUGCGUUUAUGAUGUGGUUGGUAAUGAAAGGUAAACUCUUGACACAAGAUAAAAUCUUAAAUUGGGAGUUGUCGCGGAGGAAGAAUAUGAAUAUGAUGUGCUGCCUGUUAUGCUACAAAAAUUUUGACUCUCAUGCACAUUUAUUCUUUGAAUGCGAGUUCUCGUCUCAAGUGUGGCUGAUUAUUCGAAACAAGGCGGGUAUGGUUACGGUCAGACCGAUAUGGGCUGAUAUUGUUGAUUGGUUGCUGGCUCGAGCUCGGUCUAAAGCGGCUGGGUUUUUUGUUGCGAAAAUUAUGGUGGCUGCUGCCUUAUAUUUCGUUUGCAAGAAAGAAAUGCUAGACUUUUCAAAAAUCAGUUGA